AUGCAAUUCCUCAAGUUUGGCCUGGUGCCUUUGUUGGCCGCCCUUCCCGGCGCUCUCGCCUGCAACGGCUACACUGGCGGUGUUCCCAAGGCUACCGGUACCGUGACCUCCAAGUCUUACAUCGAGAUCAAGGCUGGUCAGGUCUAUGACGGAAAGUGGCAGCGCUUCGACCGCGGCUCCGGUGCCUGCGGUGGCCAGUCCGAGGGUGACUACAAGGACUCCGUCUUCUACAUUCAGGCUGGCGGAACCCUGAAGAAUGCCAUCAUUGGUAAGAACCAGGCUGAGGGUGUCCACUGCAAUGGACACUGCACUCUUGAGUUCGUCUGGUUCGAGGACGUCUGCGAGGACGCCAUCUCCAUCAAGAACGACAAGGCCGGAACCCAGACUUGGAUUGUCGGUGGUGGUGCGUACCACGCCUCUGACAAGGUCAUUCAGCACAACGGCUGCGGUACCGUCAACGUGAUCAACUACUACGUCGAGGACUACGGCAAGCUCUACCGCUCUUGCGGAAACUGCAAGACUCAGUGCAAGCGCAACGUCUACAUGGAGGGCGUCACCGCCAAGAACGGCGGAGAGCUGGCCGGAAUCAACCUGACCUACAAGGACACCGCCACCCUCAAGAAUGUCUGCGCCGACACUAAGACUAAGUGCCAGAUGUACAACGGCUGCGCUGGUGGAUGCGAACCCUCCAAGGCUGGCACCUGCUCCGGCUAA